AUGGCGCGAAUGCGGCCGAGCGGGAGUGUGCUGUUUGCCGUGGUGGGUCGCACGCAGUACGCCUUCGAUGUCUACUCCGCCGCGCUGCCGCCCCACUUCUUCCGCCACCCGCCUGCACAGUCCCCAUCUUGGCCAGCUCACACUCGCGGUGACGCCGUUGUCAUAGAGAGCGCAUAUAAGACAACACGCGGUGCGCGCAACGGAACAGGUGUGGGGUGCCCCGCAAGAGGCGGAAGCGACUCUAGUAGCGGGGGUCAGGAGAGGCUGGAUGAGGGCGGAAAGGAAGCGCGGGAGAGAGGCGGGAGGGGUGGGGGAAAGAGGACGGGGCGGGGGACGAUAAGCGAACGGCGGCACACUGCGACAAGCGGCAGCGCCAGCCACAGCGCGCAAUUCACUGUGGGCGUGCGGAGCAAACGCGAUGGCGCGGGGGUAGAGGUGGCGCGCGGAGAGGCAGGGGGAGGGUGCGGGGGGAAGCUCACGGGGGUCCAUGGCGCGGAGGCGGAGGGGCGCGGGGGUAACGACUUGGCGCUGGUGUUCGUGUCAGAGGCGGAGGGCGGGGCGGGGAACGUGAUGUUCUGUGCAGUGGCGCCAGGGUCGGGGGAAAAAGGCGCGGGGGAGGAGGAGGUUGUUGCGAAGGUGUCGGGUGGAGGAAGCAUGGAAGAGACGACGAAGGGCGGCGCGGCGGGCAGUGCACUGGCGGAAGGGGAGGAUUGUGCGGGGCUGCACGAGGGGGUGCAGGCGAUACAUGCACAGUUGGGGAGGCUGGCAGUGGAAGCGGAGCGGCAGGGGGAUGUGCAAGAGACGGAAAGGCGGCGGAUGUUGGCAGGGGAUUACGGUGAUGGCGCGGGGGAGAGUAAGGGCGCUGUGCUGCGCGCUUGCCAGGGCAGGCGCGUCAAGCAGAGGCAGAGAGGUGAUGGAGCAGAGGGGAGUAUGAAAGCCCAAGGAAGCGGGCGCAGCGAAGAGGGGUGUGAGGCGGUGCAGUUGACGCAGGGCGUGGCAUGGCAUGACCGGCCUGCCAUGGUCGCUGCUGCUGCUGGCCCGUACCUCGUCUUCGCACGCACACAGCCCACCCGCCCUGCAGCACAGGGGAGCAUGGCAGGCGCAUGGGCAAGCAGGCGCGCAGAGGGAGGAGCGGCGGGGAAGGGAUGUGCGGCGCGGUUGAGCUGGAGUGCAGUGCACGUGCAACACAUGGGGAGCAACGGCACCACUACACACUGCGUAACACCCCCUCAUCUCGCUGACUUCUCCCCUAGUGUUUCCCCCUCGGGGCGCUGGCUCGCGGUCGCCUCUGCUCCCGCCCACUAUGCCUCUCACCGCACUCAUGCCAGCGCUGCUGCUCACAUGGACACGGGUGGCGCAGUGAACAUGCAGCAGAGGGACCUGCUAGCACUGCCCACUGCCAUCCACGUCAUGAGCAUGCCGGACGGCAAGCAUCGGCAGCAGGUGGUGGAGCAGGGAGGGUGGCCGGCAUGGGGCGAGGACGACUCGACUCUGCUCUUCCACCGCCUCGUGCGCGCGAGAGGGCAGGCGGGGCGUGGUGCUGAUGAGGGGGCGCAGCAAGGGGAGGGCGGUGAGGGGUGGUUCGGUGUGUUCCAGGUGCAGCUGGACCUGCCUGGAGAGAGCCAGGGGGAGGCGUGGCAGAGGGCGGAUGGUGAGGGGGAUGGGGCCAGUGGAACAGCUCCCAAUGCAAAAACAGAUGUUGGAGCGAGUGGAGGGGAAGGAGAGGCGAGUAUAGGGGUGGGCAGGGAGGAGCGCCUCACACCGCCCGGCCUGCACGCCCUCACGCCCUCCUCCGCUGCCCCCUCCCCGUGUGGUCCUUUCAUCGCCCUCACCACCCGCCGCCCCCCCUCGCCCUUCCGCCACGUCGAGCUGCUUCACCUGCCGUCGCGCCAGCUGUACAUGCUGACUCAGCACUUCCGGUCGUCCGCCAAUCACUACACGCCGUCAGUGGCGCCGGACGGAUCGCGUGUUGCAUACCACCGUUGCCGGUGCGCAGGCGAGGAUGGUGGAGAUGAGGAAGUUUUAGCAGAAGACAGUGCAUCAGUUCCAGAGGGCAGCGAGGGGGCAGGCAGCAGCACAGAAACAGCACAAGUGCAGAAACAGGAGGCACACCGAGCACUGUUAGCCCAACCCCCUCUCACACUCUCACAACCUAUAUCCCCUCAGCGCGCGCACACAGACUGCACGGACUGCCACGGGUACUACGUGGAGCACAUCGCCACGCCCUUACCGCCCUCAACACCCUUCAACCUCAUCCGCACGGCAGGCCUCUUCCCCGCUCUCUCCCCAGACGGCCGACUCCUCGCCUUCAUCCAUGCUCUCGGCGGCCCUGGUGCGGGUGUGUAUGUGGUGCCGGCAGACGGCAGUGCAGCGCAGCAGCAGGUGUUCCAGGGCCCUGCGUUUGGGCUGGCGUGGAAUCCUGCGGUGCCCGGUGUGCUGUACACGAGUGCGGGGCCGGGGUUUGCGCCGGGGGAGGCAGAGGUGCAUGUGGUGGAGGUGU